CUCAGCCACCAAACACCAAUCGCUCAGCUGCUUUUCUCUUUAGCCAACCUAGCUAGCUUCUUCACCGGAUCCGGAGAGCAGAGCAGAUCCAGAGAGAGCAGAGCGGGCGGCGGGGAGAGAGAUGGCGGGGGUGAGCGUUGGGACGGGGGCGAUGAAUUCCCUCCUCGGCAAGCUCACCGCCCUGCUCGGCGACGAGUACAAUCUGCUCAAGAGGGUCCGCAAGGAGAUCGAGUUCCUCAAGCGCGAGCUCGGCAGGAUGCAGGUCCUGCUGGAGAAACUGGCAGACAUGGAGGCGAGGCUCGACGGCCUUGGCAAGAGCUGGGGGGACAGCGUGCGCGACCUCAGCUACGACAUGGAAGACUGCAUCGACCGCUUCAUGGACCGGCUUGGCAGAGACGACGCCAAGCCAAAGUUCAUGAAGAGGACGGCGCGCCGGCUCAAGACUCUAUGGGCGCGCCAUGACAUCGCGACCCAGAUCAAGGAGCUCAAGGCUCGCGUCAUGGAGGAAAGCGAGCGUCGUGACAGGUACAAGCUUGAUGAGAGCUACUAUAGUGCAACGAGGCCGGUGCAGAUCGACCCGCGGAUAACUGCGAUCCACGAGGAGGUCAAGGGCUUGGUGGCAAUGGACGGCCCAAUGAAGCACCUCGCUGCCUUGCUGAUGGAUGAGAGUAAGGAGUUGAAAGUGGUGCCGAUUGUCGGAUCAGGAGGGUUGGGGAAGACAACCCUAGCCAUGGAGGUCUAUCGCAAGAUUGAAUCAGGAGGGAACUUCCAAUGCCAAGCUUGUGUGUCAGUGUCACGCACACUUGAUCUGGUGAAGCUCCUGAAAGAUAUCUUGUCUCAAAUUGAUAAAGAUGCGUACAAAGAAUGUCAGAGUUGGGAAAAGGAACAACUAAUCCGUGAAAUCAAACAGAUCUUGACAGGAAAGAGGUACUUCAUUGUUAUCGAUGAUGUAUGGAAAGAACAAGACUGGAAAUUGAUCAAGUCAGCAUUUCCUGAGAAUAACAAUGGCAGCAGAAUAAUCGCUACGACACGCAUUACCGGUGUAGCUAAUCAGUGUUGUUCCAACUCCGUCAGUCAACCCUAUCAAAUGGAACCUCUAGAUGAUGUUGAUUCUCGAAGAUUGUUCUUCAAGAGAAUAUUCCGCAUGGAUGAUCCCUGUCCCGUUGAACUGGAAGAAGUUUCAACUAAGAUCUUAAAAAAAUGUGGUGGUCUUCCACUAGCUAUAAUUACAUUUGCAAGUUUGCUUGCCAAUAAAACACAUAAGAAGGAUGAAUGGGAGAGACUGCAAGAAUCCAUUGGUACUGGUCCUUCGUUUGAUAGUGAUGGGAACUUAAAAGGGAUGAAAGAUAUAAUGUUACUUAGUUACUGGGAUCUUCCACACCACCUGAAGACUUGUUUAUUAUACUUGUGUAUAUAUCCAGAGGACUCCAUGAUCGAUAUUAAACGGCUGAAAUGGAAAUGGAUAGCAGAAGGAUUCAUUGCUACACAAUGGGGAAGUUUGGAUCAAGUAGCAGAGAACUGUUUUAAUGAACUCGUUAAUAGAAAUAUGAUUCAGCCAGUUUAUGGUAAUGAUGACAGUUCGGUGAAAUAUUGUAGGGUCCAUGAUAUGGUGCUUGACCUUAUCAUAUCCUUAUCAGAUGAAGAGAAUUUUGCCACUGUUUUAAAUGGGCGUAUAUGCAAUUCAUUCCCAAAUAAGAUACGUCGUCUGUCCAUGCAAUCUAGUGGCAAAGAGAAUAAAGGGGCAGUUGGUGCAAUUACAGAAACCAAGAUACAUGUUCGCUCACUGACUGUGUUUGGGCUGCAUAAUAAUCAGAUACCCUGUCUCGUGGGCUUCCAUGCUCUGCGGGUGUUGGAUGUUGCUAGAUGUUAUUCGUUGGAAAACAAGCAUGUAAAACACAUAGGAAGUUCGUGCCAGCUAAGGUAUUUACGAAUUGACAGUGUGAACAUUAAGGAGCUUCCUUGGGAAAUUGGAAAGCUGCAGCACUUAGAGACUCUAGAUUUGACAGGCUGUUAUUCACUUCUAAGACUGCCAUCAUCCGUGGUGCAGUUGCAGAAAUUGGUGCGCCUAUUUGUCAGCACUCACACACAAUUGACUGCAGCUGGGUUUCGGAGUCUGCAGGCCUUGGAGGAGUUAAGCUUUAAGAAAACUGACGACCCUGUAAGAUUUGCGGAGGAAGUAAAUGAGUUGGGCAAAUGCAACCUUCGCUAUCUUGUUACCGGUUGGGAGAUAGUCAAGCGUCUGUUCUGUAACCCAUGCUGCACAUACACGUGCCUCCAAGUUCUUAAAAUCCAGUCACCUAUCCGAAUGGUUCCCAGGGGAAUGGCCUCUCUCGAUAAUCUCGUGAAGUUGUGCGUGACGGUCAUGGAAUUUGAUAAGGAGGGUCUCAGUGUCCUCAUGGGCAUGCCUUCUCUGGCCCAUCUUCAGCUCUGCGUAGAUGGGGCCAUCAAAGAAAAGCUGAGCAUAGGUAGCGAUGGAUUCAAACUGCUAAAGUUCUUUGACUUCCAAUAUUGGUCUUACUACGGUCCUGGUUGGGAAAAGGAACCAGCAACGUCACACCAGGGGCGGCUAACAUUCGCACCAGGUGCUGUGCCAUCACUCCGACGGCUCCGUCUUGAGUUGACCCCCAUAUGGGUGGCGUCAGACUUUUUUGCAGGCUUGGGUGUCGAGCAUCUUUCAGUCCUUGCACACCUCGAGGUCUUAAUUAAUUGCUUCAAAGUAGCUCCAGGAAUGGUGGAGAUUCUGGAGUGUUCUGUUGAGAAAGCAAUCAAAUUGAACCCUGACCUUGAGAUCCGUGUCAGCAGAAACAUGGAGGAUGACAUGUUUAAGUCUGACAAGGAGUGGGAAGAGUACGUCUCAAAAUUGAAAAAACCCAUGCAAAGAAAAAGGGGUCUGCCUCUGACGGAGAGACCAACCACCCAAAACUAGCUGCCUUGUUUUCUUAUCUAAUUAGUGUUGUUCAUCCGCUCGUUCUGAAACAAUAAGAAUAUGUUCCAUAUACAUUGUGCUGAAUCAAGUCAUGCAUCUGGAGAGCUACACGGUCGCCCGAUCCAUUGCUGCCACUCAACUGGCCGGCCACAAUAAGAAUAUGUUCGAUAUACAUUGUGCUGCAAGUCUGCCACUCAACUGGCCGGCCACCAGCAUUUGAUUCAGUAUGUACUCCUAGAGAGGUAAUCCCACAAGCGAUGUUUUUUUUAGGGGGAGAAGCGAAUUUGUUGAGUAGAUGAUGUAAUCAAGGUGCUUUAUCUGUAAUACUGUACGGGCUAGUAUUUUCUUCCCUAAAUCUAUUUGCCGUCGAGAUGUGUUUUUACUUUUUAAUUCGUCGCUGGUGCAGCACCCCUGAAUUUUAUUUAACUCUCUUCAUAGCAAAACUCUGUAAGUGUUUGCGUGCGAUUUACGCAGGCUUGAACUCGGUUAUGUAUCAUGUGUAGUAUACGUGUUGGUUGGCAGAAGUUCAGGGCUAUGUAUCAUUUGGUUUUGGAAAA